AUGGAUCGCAAGAGAAAACGACAAAGCGGGGUCGAAUUUUGGACGGCUUCAAAGUGUCAACGAUUGCUGAGGCCCAUCACUUCCAGGAUCGCACCAUUGAGAAGGAACCAAUACACUUUGAACACCGAGAUCUCUCACAAGGACUUGGAAGAUCAACCAAAAUCUGAGCUUCCAUCAAAAAAUCCAUCUCUUGCCGCGGAUGUUCGCCCAGGUACCACUUUCUCGGAUCCUACAUGGAUACCAUCAGAUCAGAGCAAGAACUGCCAACUCAAGAAGUACUCAGUCCGUCAUCGCACUGCUCAUACAUCGUCUGGCCAAGUCAGUAGUCCACAAGCAUGUCUGGUGUCGUUACCGACCCCGUUCAAGGCACGCGCUUCAAAGAGAGGAACGCCCAUCAAGCAGGCCUUUUCCAGCCUAGAUACGUCAAGUAGCCCAUGCGUGGUAAGACGCUUACCUCCAGCGAAGAAGGAACGACAGCGAAAAGACCACUUCACUCGCGCACCGACCGCACAGCAAAGCGUUGAAUUACAAGGCAGACAAAAUUACGAGAGAACGUUUGAGCUACACCAAGGAGUCACUGACGGAUUCUCGCUACUGCUACAAAGGACGACUUUUACUGAUCCGGACAACUUACAACGUAAAGGUGCAUCGUCACUUCUGAGUAUGUGCAUACGAAAAGUCCCGGACUACAUACAAGCAGAAGAGGACUGGCGUAGAAGCAUUGAUGAAGAUGACGACACCGACGUCUCUGCUGAAGUAUACGAGGAACUCGAAGAUCUCGGCUCUGUCCAAGGACAUGGAUGGUCAGGCCUACGUGAGGUAGUGAUUGCGCAUGGGCUGAGUCUGAUCCACGAGAUUAUCAAAAACAAGCUUGUAGCGACAGAAACCAGGGCAGAGCUUGCGAGAAUACCUGCCAAGUACGGCCUGCACAGAGCAUCGGAAGUUCUCCUUCUCGCCUAUACCCAGUCUCUGCCUCUCAAGCGACCUCUUAGUGUCGACUCUCGUCUCUUCGAUGGUUGUUUAUCGGGUUUGACCACCAUGCAGUCCGUUAGUGCUCAAAACGAAGUCUUUGUUCGCAUUCUUGAUGUAUUAUUCACUUCUGGGCGUCUCAACCUAUCCUGGCUGGCCGCCCGAGAUAUGGUAACAUUGUCAAGUGGUAUGGUCAGAGCGCUCGCAUCGCGGACUGAGAUUUCCGAACUCACACUUCAAUUUCUUCAGGCUCGCAUAUUGCAGGUUUGCGAAGCAGAGUUGAAAGGGUCCAGGGCCAGACAACAGGGUCCUGGAAGCAGAUCGGAGAUCUGGACAAAGCUGGACAAGUCACUCAGCAGUACUACUGUCAGCAUCAUAACCGUACUUACGGCGAUCGUAUUGAUAGAAAGGGACUUACACAAACUGGAUGGUAGUAGGAAAGGCUACCCUGCUGCCGAGUCUCUUCUCACACGCCUAUCGAUCACCUUACUCGCGAUUAUGGAGGCUUCCGACCCCCAACUUGCAAAUCAGGGCACAUACCAUCAACAGAGCACAGUCUGUUUUGCUAUCCUUACAAGUAGUCUCGUCCUUGGCGUUAAGCACGACGGAACGGAGAGAAAUCAAAUUUCUUGCCAAAGAAAGGCAAUCUUGGAGGGCUUGAUAAAUAUCCAUGGGAAUGGCACCUCGGAUGGUGUUCAUACCGUAGUCGAACAUGCAGCAGCGUUUCUGGUAGAUCUGUCUCGAUGCUGCGGUCAAAGUCUACAUUCCGACAGUCAGUCUUGCUUGGAAAGUCUUGUUCGCCAAAUUCUGGAAGAGUCUCAGCACGGUCCAGAGACCGAGAAGAGUUUCUUAAAACAAUGGGCAGUGGAGAGUUCGCUACACUCUGCGAAGACCUAUGCGACACAAAGAAGUCGACUCUUCCUUGAUGACAUCGAGACUGCUAUGGCACAACAGAAACCCUUGAGUCUUCAAGACCCAGACUGUGAUGCUAAUGGUAGCCUUGAACCCUUUGCGGAACAGAGUUUGUGCUGGGAAGAAGGCUUGUGCGAAUGGAUUGUCGCGUCGCCUCUACGUGCUAUGAACUCUAGGGUAGCCGCGGGUUCGAUGCACAAGCGUCGGUCAAUGACAUCGUCCAGCGAAAGCGACAUGGACGAUAGCGGCUACCUGAGUGAAGUUGAGCGAACUCCAGCACAUCGUCAGAAGAACGCCAGAAUGUCUGAUCUGUUAGCAUCGCCGGAUAUGCUAGGUUUCAAUUUUGGAAUCCCAUCGUACUCUGACACAAGCACAAGGUCAGAGACUAUGGAGAUCACGGCGAAAGGUCAAAAGACAAUGUCGAACGAACAACCUCUCCAUCCAUCGCCCGAGUUCGUGCUGUCAGAGGGUGGCUUUCACAAGUCAGCGGCCGUCUUCUCAAACGCUGCGCAAGUUGAUGAAACAGCUCUAGAAGCAGAAGCUUGCUCUGACGUCUCACACAAGGAUCGAUUCGACAAAGCAGAGCGGCUGGUGAGAAAGAGUAAGAGCCAGGCCGCCAAGCAAGCGACACCUACGAAAAGAUGUAUUUAUUCGACAACAGCUCAGAAGCCAUCGGGGCUUGUGCAACAGAUCUCAAACAAGGAUCUGGUCUCUGAUUUGGCGGAGAAUGAGAUUGACGAGCUCGCCAUGAGUUGCACCAAGACAUGCCGAGAUAUGAGUGCUGCCAGUAAGGGCGUGACAAACAAGACUGUGGGAAGGAUCGCACUCCCAACCAGACGGAGCAGUCAUCUUGUAGAUAGCAGUGAUGACGAGUUGGGGUUUUGA